AUGCGCCUCGAGGAAUGCGCUGGUCUAGCAGGGUGCAGCAACGUCGACUUGUUGGCAUGGUCGUCCCAUUUGAGCACGCCUAUCCGCGUAGCAGCCGUUCCGUUAGGAUCAACUCGUGAACUGUCGAACGACUCCCCACCAUCAGACGAGACCGCAGAACAAAGACUCAUUCGACAUCAGGCAUCCGUCAUUGACCACUUCAUCGACAUCGGACGGCGACAAGAGGAGCGCCUCCAAGCCCUUGAGGAAAAGCUUCAAACUCGUGCCAUACCUAAGCGCAAGGAAACUGAAGUCAAAGUCGGGCAAGUCAUGCCGAACAGCAAAUUGAAACGGCAAAAGCAAUUUCACGCAUCGAAGCAGAAGAAGUACACGUCGAAGCACAUCGUAGCCUACAUGAAGUUGUUCUUACCCGACGGGUUUGUGCUCGACGAAGACAGCCAAACAUUCCGCGACGACAUGUUGUCUACAGAAGCUGCCGCAGAGAUCGCUGCGCUGGAGUUUCUGCUCAGCAACAACGUGCAAUCGAAGGGAACCAGCGCUGUUCUCAAAGCACUACAAGGCACUCAUCGACUGGGGCAUCUCAAUGCAAGGAUUAUCCAUUACUGCCAGCUUCGUGCAUCUCGAGUGAUUGAUCCGCCCCCCCCAGUUUCAUUGAACAUCCUUGACGAAAGCAACUAA